AUGAAAAUGCUGCUCGGAUUACCUGAAGCUCUUUCUAGCAUUACGAAGCGCAAGUUUGAGGCUGCAAAGGCAUCUUCAGAUUUGUUGUUCUCGCCUACGGAGCUAGCAAUCAUCCGCACAUCCGCAGGCAUUCCCUUCCAACUACGCUAUUGCCCAUCGCUUGCGAAGAAACCCUUGCCGAAGCUCCAGCAUGCUACGCCGAAACAGAAGAUCGACCCCUUCGAGAAUCCCCCACCAGCAUUACACCUGGCUGACAUCCCCGCCGCGAACCCCACCCACUUCCUCGUCCUUAACAAGUUCCCCAUAAUCUCCGAGCACUUUAUCCUUGCUACAAAACCGAACAAGAAACAAACACAUGCGCUAGAGCCAGACGAUCUAGAGGCAACCUACGCUGUGCUGAAGGCUUGGCAGACAGACUCGGGCGACAGCGAGAAGCGUCUCCUCGCAUUCUUCAACUCUGGGGAUCAUAGCGGCGCAUCUCAGCCCCACAGACACCUGCAGUUUUUGCCAGUGGAGGGUAUGCGCGAUAGCGAUAAAGCUAGCGACUGGAGUCUGCUUAUAGACUUGAUCUUUUCAAGCCCAGUGGCCAAGGCGACUGAAGGUCAUCUCAAGUUCUUACAACACCCGUCCUUGCCGUUUACGCACUUUGCCUAUCCUUUCGACUCGGAGCCAUCCGGUGCUCAGUUAUUCGAAAUCUACAACCAUCUGUACGAUGCGGCAAAAGCGGCAGUCGACACAUUCAUCUCCUCGAAUCCGAACGACUUCGCUCUAAACCCUACCGACGAUGGCGAUCUAACCAUCAGCUACAACCUCGCUAUGACUACCUCGGGCAUGGUCAUCUUGCCGAGACGUGCUGAAGGCACCAUGCUGCGUCGUGAUGACGGUAGUGAGAUCGGCUUCGCAGCUCUCAACGGUACAACGUUGGGAGGCACGAUGAUGGUCAAGCACCAAGACGAAUGGGACAUGCUGCGCCAAAAGCCAGGGCUGCUGGAUCACAUUCUCUCUGGGAUUGGCUUUCCAAAGACCUCUCCAUCGAAAGUGGGCGCACCGAACAUCUGA